GGAUGGAGUUUUGGGGGUUGAAGAGGGGGAGAUGACUGUCGCAGUGAAAGAAGAGGAAGACUGUUUUGGCGUGACGGAGAUGACUGUCGCAGUGAAAGAAGAGGAAGACUGUUUUGGCGUGACGGAGACGACUGUCGCAGUGAAAGAAGAGGAAGUCUGUUUUGGCGUGACGGAGAUGACGGUCACAUUGGAAGAAGAGGAAGAUAAGGCUGGAGAUCUGAUGAACACCGGAACAUACAGAGAGAGACCAGACUCUUACUCUGACAGCAGGAAGAGUCCUUCAGGGGAACCAGAGCCAGAGACGUCCAAACCAGCAAGAAAACACCACUGUUCCCUCUGUGGAAAGAGUUUUUCUAAGUCACGGACCCUAAAAGAGCAUGAGAGGAUACACACAGGAGAAAAUGCUUUUCAAUGCUCCCAGUGUGAAAAGAGUUUUAAAGAGUUAGAGAACCUGAAAAUACACAAGAGAACGCACUCUGAAGAGAAGCCUUACCACUGCUCCCAAUGUGGAAUGACAUUUAGGUGGUUACAAGGCCUGAAAAGGCAUGAGAGAAUACACACAGGAGAAAAGCCCUACCGCUGUUCCCACUGUGAAAAUAGUUUUAGGUGGUUAGAAGGCCUGAAAAGGCAUGAGAGAAUACACACAGGAGAAAAUCCCUACCAAUGCUCCCACUGUGGAAGGAGUUUUACUCAGUUAGCGAGCCUGAAAUCACAUCAGAGGAUACAUACACAGGAGGAGAAGACAUACCACUGCUCUAAUUGUGGAAAGACAUUUUCCCGGGCAGAGGACCUGAAAUCACAUGAGAGAAUAGAGAGGCUGUGUUCUGACUUAUGUUUUUGACCUGAGAAUUUGUGUUUUAUGUUCAUGCCAAAUGAAAUCAUAUUGUUUAAAUGAAAUCAUUCUAAAAAAAAUAGGCCUGUUUUUUCAUCUCGAGACAUGAUCAUGUCUAAAAUCAGAUUAAAUAUUUGUAGA